AGCGUGUCAAAAGCACGCGCCUACUGCGUAUAAAUUAUGAUAACUUUGUGCGUGAAGGCGUGUUCCCUUGACAAAAUGUUAUAACGAAGUGAUAUAACUUAGUAUUAAACAUGUCUUCCAUUUUAGUAUAUAGAUGUAAUGCAGGUAAAAGCAGAAGGUUUCUCAGCGAUGCUGUUGGGCCUCUCGUGACUGUAAGGAAGUGAACACUCGACGAAAACACAUCUGGCGGACAUGGCGGACAUGGCGCUAUCAAAUAACUCCUUCUCGAAGACCUACCAUCGGUUAUUUGUAGAAUUAGCCGAUCCACGAACGAACGAUUGGUUCUUAAUAAAGAGCCCGGGUCCGGGGCUGGCAAUCAUCGGCCUGUACCUGUACUUCACGUUGAAAUGGGGUCCGAGAUACAUGGCUGACAAGAAACCCUUCCAACUACAGAAGACCUUAGUCGUUUACAAUUUCAUACAAGUCUUUGUCAGCAUUUGGUUGUUCUACGAGGGGCUCGAUGCGGGUUGGCUGAGGACUUACAGUUGGAAGUGUCAGCCGGUUGACUUUUCAAGAUCUCCGGAGGCUAUGAGGGUCGCAAGAGGGGUUUACGUGUAUUUCCUCGCGAAGAUGUCCGAACUACUCGAUACGAUUUUCUUCGUGAUAAGAAAAAAGAAUAAACAGAUCACGUUCCUGCACAUGUACCAUCAUACUGUCAUGCCGAUGAUCUCCUGGGGAGCCACCAAGUACUAUCCGGGCGGUCAUGGAACUCUGAUUGGUGUCAUCAAUUCCUUCGUCCACAUCAUAAUGUAUACUUACUACAUGUUGUCGGCGAUGGGACCCCAGUAUCAGAAGUUCCUGUUUUGGAAACGACACAUCACCACCUUGCAAAUGCUCCAGUUCUGCAUCGCUUUCAUCCAUUCAUCUCAGCUGCUGAUUUACGACUGUGGGUACCCACGCUGGUCCGUCGUUUUCACGCUGCCAAAUUCAAUUUUCUUUUAUUAUCUAUUCUAUGAUUUCUACUACAAGGCUUAUGGGAAACCCUCCGAUAGAAAGGCAAAGGGUGAAGUUAAGAACAGCAGUUGUAACGAGGAACAUUCUCAGAACAAUGGCGUAGCUAAUGGCCAUAUUACAGAUAAGAAUUAUAGUGCUUUCGAAAGGAAUGGUGAGGUUAGAAAUGGCAAUAAAAAGGAAAAUUAAAAAAGAGAUUUUAAACGUGAGAUUGUAAAUAGUAGAGUAUUGAUUGUAAAUAAAGACAAGCUUCGAUUUUAAACACAACUAACGAUACGUAAUGGGUAAGAUACGAGACGAAUAUUGAAAUCAGCCCCAAAAUAGGUCCUGUGAUCCACACAUAUUAAAAAGCGUAAUAUUAUAAUUACCGAGGCAUCUUAGAAAAUGAACGUCACGGCAAGAUUGAAAUAUCGGGUUGUUGGACUGAAGCCUGUUGUGUCGAUUCCAAAUACAGUGAGAUAGUCACAAGAUGAUGUUCAACGAGUUGUUUAA